AUGGUCACUCGACAGUCCAAGAGGAUGAGUGAGCAGUUGGCAAGGAAUGAACGCUUGAGUAGGCACCCAGCACCCUUGCACUCCAGCAUCACAUCACUCCAGCACCCUUGCACUCCAGCAUCACAUCACUCCAGCACCCUUGCACUCCAGCAUCACAUUACCCCAGCACCCUUGCACUCCAGCAUCACAUCACUCCAGCACCCUUGCACUCCAGCAUCACAUCACUCCAGCACCCUUGCACUCCAGCAUCACAUUACCCCAGCACCCUUGCACUCCAGCCUCACAUCACUCCAGCACCCUUGCACUCCAGCAUCACAUCACCCCAGCACCCUUGCACUCCAGCAUCACAUCACCCCAGCGCCCUUGCACUCCAGCAUCACAUCACCCCAGCACCCUUGCACUCCAGCAUCACAUCACCCCAGCGCCCUUGCACUCCAGCAUCACAUCACCCCAGCGCCCUUGCACUCCAGCAUCACAUCACCCCAGCACCCUUGCACUCCAGCAUCACAUCACCCCAGCGCCCUUGCACUCCAGCAUCACAUCACCCCAGCGCCCUUGCACUCCAGCAUCACAUCAGCCCAGCGCCCUUGCACUGCAGCAUCACAUCACCCCAGCACCCUUGCACUCCAGCAUCACAUCACCCCAGCGCCCUUGCACUCCAGCAUCACAUCACCCCAGCACCCUUGCACUCCAGCAUCACAUCACCCCAGCGCCCUUGCACUCCAGCAUCACAUCACCCCAGCGCCCUUGCACUCCAGCAUCACAUCACCCCAGCACCCUUGCACUCCAGCAUCACAUCACCCCAGCGCCCUUGCACUCCAGCAUCACAUCACCCCAGCGCCCUUGCACUCCAGCAUCACAUCACCCCAACACCCUUGCACUCCAGCAUCACAUCACCCCAGCACCCUUGCACUCCAGCAUCACAUCACCCCAGCGCCCUUGCACUCCAGCAUCACAUCACCCCAGCGCCCUUGCACUCCAGCAUCACAUCACCCCAGCGCCCUUGCACUCCAGCAUCACAUCACCCCAGCGCCCUUGCACUCCAGCAUCACAUCACCCCAGCACCCUUGCACUCCAGCAUCACAUCACCCCAGCACCCUUGCACUCCAGCAUCACAUCACCCCAGCGCCCUUGCACUCCAGCAUCACAUCACCCCAGCGCCCUUGCACUCCAGCAUCACAUCACCACAGCGCCCUUGCACUCCAGCAUCACAUCACCCCAGCACCCUUGCACUCCAGCAUCACAUCACCCCAGCGCCCCUACGACGAAAGAGAUGAAAUGAGACUUUUGACUCCAAACUUCUAA